AUGAGGCUCAACCCCACGAAGUAUGCCUUCAGCGUAGCUUCGGGAAAAUUCCUUGGCUUCAUGAUUAGCCAGCAGGUUAUUGAAGCUAAGCUAGAAAAGAUUCAGGCCAUUUUAGACAUGAAGAUACCCAAGACAGUUAAGGACAUCCAGAGCCUUACCGGACACGUCACGGCCCUGACCAGGUUUAUCUCUAAGGCCACUGAUCACUGCGCCCCCUUCUUCAAGGCAUUUAAGGGCAACAAGCGAAACAUCACCUAG